UUUUUCUCUCUCAAACAAUUUAUCUUUCGAACAAAUUUCUUAAUUGAUCCAAACACCAAAUCAAAUCCCUCCCUUAAUAAUCUCCCUCUCUCUCUCUCUCUCUCAAUCUUGUCCAGAAUCAUACAAAUACCUUGUGUUAUCUUUCACUUAUCCUCAUCAUCUUAAAUUAUCAACAUCCACUGUUAAUUUAUCGUUUCGUUGAAAAUUCAUCUCUUGUUUUUCUAAUCCCUUUGGAUAAUCUUUACCUGGUAAUAAAAAUGAGCCUUUCUCAGGUUCUUUCUGUUAUCCUGGUGCUCAUCAGUUUGACGGUGAUUUAUCCAGUUGAAUCACAAUUAAAUCAACAAUGUCUCAACUGUAUUUGUCAGGCUAGUACUGGAUGUGAUUUGUCAAAGAAAUGUCACAAUUCUGGACCUUCUUCCUAUUUCUGUGGACCUUAUCAAAUCUCUUGGAGCUAUUGGUCUGAUGGUGGGCGACCUGGUGAUCAAGGUGGUCCUCAUGAUUUUGAAACUUGUCUCAAUGAUAAACGAUGUGCUGAACAAGCUGUCCAAGGCUAUAUGGCUAAAUGGGCUAGAGAUUGUAAUGGCGAUGGUUUCAUUGAUUGCGCUGAUUUUGCUGCGAUCCACAAAGCAGGGCCAAACUCUUGUAAUGCUCAAUGGCUGUUGGAUUCUGAUUAUUGGAGAGUUUUCCAAUCAUCUUCAUGUGCCUCAGGAACUGGAAAUGGUUACAAUGGUGAUUAUGACAAUGGUGGUAAUUUAUCACCACCCCGAUUCUCAUCCUCUGGUGGACCAACGAACAGUCAACCUGUACAACCACAAUACCAACCACAACCUCAACCGCAGCCUCAUAAUACUCACUGGACUUUUCCCAGUUCACGAAAUCAAACCUAUCGACCAUCGCUCGGUUCUAAUCCGUCAGAUUUCCGGUCAUUUGGUGGUCAACCGGAAAGAGUGAGAUAUAACAGUUACAAUGUCCCUUCAAAUAACAAUAACAAUAAUCCAUCUCGACAUGAAGUUUUUGGCCCAGCAGUUGGUCAACCACCAACUUCGUCGAUUGUUGAUGUUACCAAUAUUGGUACUGGUUCGGGGGGAGGAGAUGCUGGAGUCCUUCGUACUUAUCCUUCCAGUCAACCUUCACCACCUUUAAACAAUGUACCUGAAACUGGAUCAUACUCAGCACCUUCUUCACUGGAUCAACCUUCAUCUCCUCCCGUUGUCUCAUCUUCGUCUUACAAUGAAGAGUCAAACUAUGAGAUUUCCCCAAGUAACGCUAAUCAACCCGUUGAUUCAAAUUGUUUAGAUUGUCUUUGCCAGGCGAGUACCGGUUGUGAUGUAAACAAACAAUGUUUCGGUAAUGUUUGUGGUCCCUACCUAAUUUCAUGGCCUUUCUGGUCGGAUGCAGGUCGACCAGGAACUGAUUAUGUUUCGUGCGCUCUUCGUAAAAAUUGUGCCGAAGCUGCUGUUCAAGGUUAUAUGUCAAGGUUUGGCCGUGAUUGUAACAAUGAUGGAAUAAUUAACUGCGAUGAUUACGUCAUGAUUCACCAAUAUGGACCCAAUUGUGGACCAGGAGUAUUUGGAACAGGAAAAUUUUGGUCCGAUUAUAAAACAUGUCACCAACCACCAAUUGAUGCUCGAAGCAAUCGUGUUCGGGAAAAUGUAGAGCGCUUCAGGCCAAUCGAAAGACCUGGUCAACCUGCUAACCUUCGUAGAGAUGAACCAAUUACCUGGAAUGGAGCCAAUAAUCGAUUUAAUGAGAACGAAAUUCCCGGUAAUCGGCCAGUUGAUCGCGAAUCAAAUCAACCUGAACGAAUAAAUAGUUUCCACGAUGCUGAUGAUCACUCACCUUUUAAUCCAUUCCCAUUUAAUCCUUCCAUUGAUUCUCCUCCUCCAAACUUUAACCGUCCAAAUAAUUCAAAUGUUUACUUUAAUGAUGUACAUUUCCCGAAUCAACCAUUUGGUCCGUCGGGACCUAACUUUGGAGUCCCAGGUCAACCGCGAGCCAAUAACAAUAAUAAUAAUGUCACUCCACCACCACCAAGGAAUAAUUUCCAACCAGAUCAACCGACUCCUAUUCCUCCACAUUCACAUGUUGGCCCAUCAGCACCUAAUAGAUUUCCCCCUGAGUCAACAAUUAACAAUGAAUUUAGACCAAUUAUUAAUCGGGGCAAUAAUAAUGAUAACCAACCUCGCGAAUCCAGGCCACUUGUACCAAGUGAACCUAAUCCUAGUAAUAAUAAUAAUAAUGGUUUCCAACCUGGAACUUUAAGAAAUGAUGGAUUCCGACCAAUAUUGAAUAAUAACAAUGGUAAUAAUUUGAUUGCUCCACCAAACAAUUAUCCAAAUCAACCUAAUGGUCCACCAACUAAUGGUAACUUUGAUUCAGCACCAUCACGUUCACCCAACGCUGAUCGAUUCACUCCUCGUUACGAUCGACCCAAUGGUUUUAACUUCCCAUCUCAACCUGGUUUUAGACCGUUUUCUGGUAACAGCGAUUCACCUCCUCGAAAUUCAGUCACACAACCUUCUCCACGACCACAACCACAACCACAACCACAACCUCCAUCUUCAACUAAUCCACCACCCUCAGAAUUCACACCAGUCACUAAUUCACCACCAACGACAAUUUCUUACUCCGAUGGGGAUGAUAGUUCAAUCUUACCUGUUCCAGGUAUUCGAGACUCUCGACUCUUACCAUCAACUCCCAAAGUAAACGGAUCAAUGACAACUGAAUGUUUGGAAUGUAUUUGUGAAGCGACAAGUAAAUGCGAUGCUAAUUACCCAUGUAAAAAUAUCGCAGGGAAUCAAUUCUGUGGUCCAUAUCAAAUCAGUAUCUCUUAUUGGCUACAAUCUGGUAAACCAGGUUACAAUGGUGGAUCGAGUGAUUUUAUCAACUGUGUAACUAAUAUGAAUUGUGCUCAAGAUACAAUUAAGGGUUACAUUAAAACACUGGGACGUGAUUGUAACAACGAUGGGAUCAUUGAUUGUGUUGAUUAUGCUCUUAUCCAUAAAUUAGGACCAAAUUCAUGUCAAGAUCAAAAUUUCCUCGACUCACCUUAUUGGAAUGAUUUUCAAGCUUGUUAUGGUUUUGAAAGAUAAUCACAAUCAUCAGAAUCUUUUUUUUGCCUGCUAAUUAUUUUUAUUCAAUUUUCUUCACUUUUUUUUCAUACAAAAAAAAUCACAAUACAAAUCACAACAUCAACAUCAACACUUUGAUAACAGUUGUAACAAUUAACUGGAUUGAUCAUGAAUUUCAUAUCUUACCCAUUAAUCGUACAACUAAAUCAAUUUCUUACAAAUUCAAUUGUGCCUAUCAUCAUAAUCACUUCAAUUAUGAUUAACUUUUUUUUACCAAUUUUCCUUUAAGUUAAAAACAAUUGCGACAAAACAAUUAAAAAAAACAAAA